AUGGCCGAUCAGCGUCCGCAGUACUAUGACAAUACCUUGUCUCCCGUGGACAUUAAUGCAACCACCCUGGCUGACUGUCUCAAACAAUUCCGUGAGGCAGUCCGCAAAGGAUCGGAAUUGAUUCAUGAGAACAGCCCAGUGCCGGACAAGUGGGACACGACAGGUUUCUUCAGGGGAUUUCCUGGUAAGGGACUGAUUGAUCAACCUCAACCAACCGAUAAGUCUGACAACCCGUUUGCAGGAGUCGCUCUUGGUUUUCUCCGUCUCAAUUUCCAGUCUCCCAUUUUGGCAGAUGAGAAUGGCCCUUCCCCGGAUUAUCGUCAAUGGGCACUGCAGAGGAUACCCUCAGAGAUAUCAAAUAUACAUCUCAUCCCGUCUCGAUUAUCUCCCAUCGGCUCUUUGUCUCCCCUGACGGCCGUUGUUCUGCACAUCUUAGCAUCCCUGAGCGACAAGACCAAGGACAAACCAACUAUUUCCUCCGAGGAUGGCGCCAUCCUCGAGGAGGCAGUCAAUCUAGCCCUCAAACACGGGCCCCUCGUCCCGCACGGCGACCGAAAGAUGGGCGCUGAUGAAAUGUUGUAUGGCCGAGCGGGUCUUCUAUGGACUCUUCUCAACAUCAGAGCCCAUAACUUCGAUGUAGAGACCGAGGAGGCUCUUGCCCCUAUCUUGGACCAGAUCCCCGAUCUGAUCCAUGUGAUCAUCGAUGCCGGACGGCAGGGCUCGAAGGAUUAUAUUAAAAAGCACGGUGAGGCGGAUGCCCAUCCGUUGAUGUAUGUCUGGCAUGAAGGAUUCUACGGGCUUGGAGCGUCAGUUAUAUCCCCGACAGCCAUCUAUUGA